AUGGCCCUCAAGUCAAGAAACCUGUUCCAUAGAAAUAAGAAAACAGUAGAUCAAAAUCAAGAUUCUGAUUCUGAUUCAGUUAGUGAAGAUGAAACUCCAAUUAUAAAGAAGGAAAAAUCAAGAAGACCAAAAGAAAAUAAUUUUACUCAACAAAAAUUAAAAGCUAUUCAUCCUAUAAUAACACCAAAAUAUGUUAUUCCAUUAUUUUUAAUUCUUGCAGUGAUAUUCAUACCAUUAGGCGCUGGUAUGCUUUAUGGUUCUUAUAAAGUUGAAGAUUUAACAAUAGAUUAUACUGAAUGUGAUUCACAAUCAAAUUCAUUUGAAACUAUACCUGAUGAUAAAUUUGAAGCUAAUUUUAAAAAUGAAUUUUCAACAGCUCCAAAAUGGAAAUAUUCAAAAAAUUCAUCAUCAGAAGCUACAGAUGAACAAGGAAUUUGUAAUUUACAAUUUACAAUACCAAAUGAUAUUGGACCAGCUGUGUUUUUAUUAUAUAGAUUAGAAAAUUUUUAUGCAAAUCAUCGUCGUUUUGCAAGAUCAUAUAGUGAAGAUCAAUUAAAUGGUGAAGAUGCAAGUAUUAAAAUUAUUAAAGAUACAGUGGGACAAAAUUGUGAACCUUUAAGUUUAGAUGAAAAUGGUAAAAGAAUUUAUCCAUGUGGAUUAAUUGCAAAUUCAUUUUUCAAUGACACUUUUAAAGGUUUAAGUUCUAGUGAUGGUAGUGAUUAUGAAAUGACAAAUAAAGGUAUUGCAUGGGCUACAAAUAAAAAUCGUUUUAAAAAAACUAAAUAUAAAGCAUCAGAAAUUGUUCCACCACCAAAUUGGAAAAAAAUGUAUCCAGAUGGUUAUACUGAUGAUAAUAUUCCAGAUAUUUCUAAAUGGUCAGAAUUUCAAAAUUGGAUGCAAAUACCUGGUUUAUCAACUUUUAGUAAAUUAGUUUUAAGAAAUGAUGAUGAAGUCUUGAAAGCUGGUACUUAUGAAGUUGAAAUUGGUAUGAAUUGGCCCGUUAAGGAAUUUAAUGGUAAAAAAUCCAUUUAUUUAACUACAAGAUCUGUUAUUGGAGGUCGUAAUCCAUUCUUGGGGAUUGCAUGGAUUGUUGCUGGUGGGAUUUGUUUAAUUUUAAGUAUUGUUUUCUUAAUUAUUAACCUUGUUGUUCCACGUAAAAUGGGGGAUGUUUCAUUAUUAAGUUGGAACCAACAACCAGUGAAGUUAGAGGAAGAUAACUAG